AUGGCAAGUUUUAAAGAGUUUCGUCAGACCCUUCUUCUCUACUACGAUGUUGAUCUUAUUACUGAUGAGGAUUUCAUAAUUUUGUACGAGUUGUUUUCUUCACGAAAUCCAGAUUUUGCUUAUGAUUCGUACGAUCGCUUUGACUUGGAUAACAUGAACGACGACGAAUGCAAAGCCGAAUUUAGAGUAAGGAAAAGAGAUCUUCCAACACUGGCUCAAGCUCUUAGGAUUCCACGGUCAUUUCAACUUUCUCAGAGGAGUGUUGUAGAUGGUAUGGAAGGCCUCUGUAUGCUCUUGAAGCGACUUGCAUAUCCCUGUAGAUAUGGAGACCUCAUUUACCGUUUUGGACGUCCAGUUCCCGUUUUUAGUAUGGCUACAAAUCAUGUCCUCGAUUACAUUUACAAUUCUCACAAUCAUCUCAUAACACAAUGGAAUCACACACUGCUGAGCCCUCGUGCUUUAGAAGUAUACGCAGAAACUAUCCACGGAAAGGGGGCUGCAUUGGAGAACUGUUUUGGAUUUGUAGACGGAACUGUCCGACCUAUAGCUUGA